AUGAGCACCAACCCCGGUCACGAGGCCACUUUGGACCACGAGACCGCUUUGACCCACGAAGAACACGCGGCGCACGAAGGCGCUGGGAUAUCGCGGUUUUUCUUCGGCCACGUGCCGGAGGGCGUGCACGGCGGGCUGAAGGAAUAUGGCCUGUUGGCGAUUUUCCUCGGAAUCAUCACCCUGGUGGAAUUCCUCAUCAUCGUUCCCAAAGGCUUCCAGGGCAGCGGUGUGGUCAUCGCCCCGCUGGUGAUCCUGUCGGUGAUCAAGUUCUUCUGCGUCGUCGCGUUCUUCAUGCACCUGAAGUUUGAGAACGAGUUGCUUUGGCAAAUCUUCGUAGCGGGACUGGGCUUGGGAUUGGUGGUGGCCAUCUCAUUAGUACUGCUGUUUGGCGUAUUCCGGCCGACGCCCCGGGCGUUCUCGGAACCGCGCCAGGAACCCUUCGUGCACCACGUCGAGGACGCGCACGAACCCGUGGCGCGGGCCCUACCGGAAGAACUGCCGGACCCGGCGGACCCCGCCGACCUGGUACCGGACACGCCGAUUGAUUUGGUCAAUGCACCCCCCGGGCAGGCGCUUUUUGUCGGCACCGCCGCGUGUGCGUCCUGCCACACCAUCCAGGGGGUGGCCCAGGGUGUGUUGGGGCCGGAGUUGAGUAAUAUCGCUUCGGUCGCGGGCAACCGUAUCGACGGUUAUUCCGCUGAAGAGUACAUACGCGAGUCCAUUGUCGAACCCGACGCAUACACCGCGGGCGAGGCUGACGGGCUCCCCCAGGACUAUCAGCAGGGCUUGAUGAGCGCCACCAUGGCCGGCAUCCAAUUGUCCGACGAAGACGUGGACGCAUUGGUCGAGUACCUGCUGCAACAGAAGUGA